CCCGAGUACUUCGCAGGCGGUGGUUACACCGCUUUGACUCAAUUUUAGUCUGUUUGCCAGCGACGCGUUGCCUUCUAGAAUAGAACUCCUCCACGUCUUUCUCUCCUCAUCUCAUAUCGCUCAAUGUCCGGCGGCAAGGACAGAAAUUCUUGUGCACCCAUGGAGAGGCAGCGACGGCCGUGCGUCGUUGUCUCCGCUCCGUUCGUCGCCUCCUUGGUUCCUUGGCGGCCGGCGCUGUUACUUCUUCACCGCGAGCGGUAGCUGCAGUGGCUGUCGGCGUGCCCGUGCUCCACGGCAAGCGGCGGCGGAGGAUGGCACAAGGUCAUGCCCAACGCCGCACCUCCUCCUCUUCUGCUUCCAUGCCGCCGCGGUCCUCAGCCGCGACCCUACGCGCCCGCUCCAGAAAUUCUAGCCCCGGCCACACGGAGGUGCCUCAGAUCCCCUCCCUAUAGGCCGGCUUCUGCUCCUUUCUCUGGUCGCCGUGGUUCCUAUCACAUAAUUUUGUCGCGGCCCUCGUUUGCUGCGGAGAGGAGGGCAUCGGCGCCCUACUCCCCUUCGCAGGCGAUUGGCGGCGCGGUGGAGCCGGUCAGCCCCCUCCUCUUCCUUUGGAGGUGCCUUUCUUCCUCUAAAAACGAUGGAUUUAUCUUCUCCCCGUCACCCAGCUCCAUGGGGCGACCGCUCGCGGGCGGCGCGGCGACGUGCGGGUGGAAGGGCCGCGGGCGGCGCAGCGACGCGCGGGACGGCGGGCGACGGCGCGGAUACCCGUGCCGGGCGGGCGGCGAGCGGCGACGCGCGGUGGGGAACCGCUCGCGGGCGGCGCGGCAACGCGCGGGCGACAGCGCGGCCACGCGCGCCGGGCGGGCGGCGCGAACGGCGAGCGGCCAGUGGCGGUGGGCCGCGAGCGGCCAUGGGCUGCGGGCGGCUAGCGGCGACGCGCGGUGGGCAGGAGGGCGCCAGAGUCCAACUCGCCCUCUUGAGGAAGCGCAGCCAUGGGCGCCCUCUUCUCCCUCCCUCUGCUCCCUCCUUGGCCGCUCUGGUGCAGGCGGCGCGUUCCUCUCUCCCUCCCAAGUUAGCUGGUGGCGUAGGGGACGAGUUCGGCAUCCUACUCUCCUUCCCAAGGCAGCUAGCAUCAGGGAGGAGGGCGCCGGCGUCCAACUCGCCCUCCCGAGGAAGCGCAGCCAUGGGAGGAUUCCACGGCUGGUGCUCUCUUCGGGAUGCCUCUACCGCCCGGUACAUCAUCGUCACCAUGGUGAUCCCCCCGCCUCCCCCCAUUAGUACUGGUUGUGUCUUCUAUUUUUUUUUCAUAUGUGUGCUGCUGCUUUCCGCAACAAUCAGAAUUUUAUUUACUUUCCUUUGUAAGCAGUAAUCUAUUGCAGCUGAUUCAAUUGUACGGAUUGACAAUUGAUGGUAGAUGUCUUUGAAGGAAAAUGAUAAUAUUCGUCUCUUCAAUCAACUGCCAUCAAACUGAACAGUACUUACUAUAAUCAUCGAUGUUCUCCUCUGAUGUAUAUGCAGAUGGUAAUAAAUUUGAGUGUUUCUAUGUGACCUGUACGAGGUUGGUUUUCUGAUUUCAGAACUGGAGAAUGUUGGUAUACAUGCAAGUCUGGCUUCUUCCACUCCGGCAGUUGGAUCUGGGUAGCCACCAGGUCAGCUGGCCAUCAUCAACAAAAUGCGAGACAAGAUUGUUGUUGUUUUGUGCUGCUUGAGCUCUCCGAUGUGUCUGCCAAAUUGUUGACCUCAGCGGUGGUAUUGCAUCUUUGGCCAUUGCGAUUAAAUACCUACACGCUCUAUCUGUCACGGGCGUGGCUUUUAUUUCAUCAGUUCAAUAUCUCUAGCAGUAUGACAUAGAUGGAGUUUCAAGAUUGUGGCAAUUUAGUGCUCCUGUAACUCUAUCAAGUUAUCCAAGAAGUAGAAUUUUCUUCUAAAUUCAGUAGCAACUUCUGGUACUCAGGUAAGAUUGAACUGGAGUCUAAGGUCUCACAUCAGGUGUGCAAUAAAAUAUUCAUUCCAGACCAGGAUGUCACCACUGAUGAAGAACCAUAGUCUUGGACAGGAGAAGAAACAGAUUACCCGUGGGUAGAAGAUGAUGCAACAGCGCCAUCCAUCAGCCCUGCCAGUGAGCGCUGAACCUACAAGAGGGAAUGGGCAUAGUGAUAUGCCAUGUUGUUUAAUUUUAAUUUGCUGCCUUGAUCUGACGUUGCUCCCUUUACUGAUAACUUCUUCUAAAUUGGUGAUAACAAAGCUAAACUUCCGGUAUAUCUCUGCUGUACAAUCACCAGAACAAAAAAAUUUAGCAACAAAUACAAUUAUGGAUAGGGAAAAUUAGAAGAUGAUCCAAACUAGGGUCUCCUGAAUCUUCAGUAGGAGAUAGAAAGCUGUACAAAUUUAUGCAACACAAAUAUACAGUAGGUCUUAACAAAUGAUCACCUAGGGAGUGCUAAUCAAUUAAUAGCUUUUGUAUACAGAUUCAAAGGGGUAAUGCUUAUGCUAUUUUUAAUUCUCUAUGUUUUGUGAACGUGUUUGAGAGAAGAAAACCAGAAAUAGGAAAAACAUGCUUCUAUUUUGAGUUGGUAAUUAAGAAAUUGGUAGUUAGUUAAAUUAAUAACCAGGAACUGCUCUUCCCUUGGAAUGUUCAGAUAAAACCAGUACUUAUGGUGGUGCAGAUCUUCUUCAAAUAUUCGCUCUUAUGGAGCAAGGUAAGUGUGUUGGAUGGUUCAUCUUUGUCUAGAUUAGGCACCUUAAUUACAUAGCCGAUUAAGACUAACCAAUAUUCUUUUUUGAUGUGGCUGGUUCAUGUCCUUGAUUGCAUAGAAUAUCUAACAUUUCUUCCGUUCCAGAUUUUCUAAUGGGCUCCUUCUGGCUGUAGCUCAGGAAUUAAAUAUUUUAGGUUGUAUGUUUUACCUCAGGAAUUGAAUAUUUUGGAGCUCGAGAGAUCAACAAGAAGUUCAGAGGUAUCAUAGAAAAGUGAGUCUCCAAUAUUCAUUUCUCAAGUACUGGUGCUGGCAAUUUAAGUUCCUGUUCUCAGUCUCCUUGCCGCGGGGGUACAAAACUCAGUGUGUCGCCCCACAGCGAGGCUAAGUCAAGAUUCUUGAUAACAACAUGCCUGAAAAUUCUACCUCAACAAAUAGGUGUAGCAGUGCACUUAUCUCUUCCUGUGCCCAACAACGACAAAGAAGCUGUCCAAGGUCUUGCCCUCCCUGUCUCAAAGGAAGAGCUGAUACCGGGCGAGGACAACAAUGCCGGCUGCUGAUACCUCAAAGACAGAAGAACACCCGCAGCACCUAUCUUACCAUGCUAUCCACUAAUUAAUUAACAAUGUAUAUUAGUACCACUAGCUAAUCGACAAACUAUGUACUGGAGUACUAUGUAUUAAGCAACAAUGCAAGAUAUUACCAGUAACUAAUCUUCCUGUUAUGUGAUGUAAUCCUAUCAACUAUGCAAUCCUGUAGGAAGAUGUAUCAGUAUAAGUGACUAUAGUUAAGUAACAAUGUAUAUUAGUACCACUAGCUAAUUGACAAGCUCUAUGUACUGGAGUACUAUGUAUUAAGCAACAAUGUAAGUUGGUACCAGUAACUAAUCUUCCGGUUAGUUGAUGUAAUUCUGGAGGAAGAUAUAUCAGUACAAGUGACUAA